AUGAUUUUUCGAUGUAAACAUUGUGAAGGAGAAUUCUGCUAUUGUGUUUCUUUACAGAAUUAUAUAAAAACGCAUGAUAAUGCAAUUGAUAAAAUUUUACAUAAAAUUUCUAAAGAAAGUAUCCAACUAAAACAGUUUAGAAAUAUCGAAAGAAAUGACAAAAAAAAGACCAAAAAAGUGAAGAAUGAGAUGAGCUAUGACUAUGAGAACCAACUAGGAGAAGAGUUAGUUAAUAUCUAUGAAAAAAAUAUCUUUGAAAGAGAGUUGGCUAGCAUAUGUGAAGAAGAGUUAGUCAAUACUAAUGAUGAUGAUAAUUAG